AUGACGAUGAACACGUCGCCCAUGGACCACCCCAGCGCUCCGGACGAGCAGGUUGAGAUCGCCAUCGUCGGCGGGGGCAUCAUCGGACUCGUGCUUACUGUGGGCCUGCUUCGCGUCGGCGCAAAGGUCAAAGUAUACGAGCAGGCCCAGGGGUUCCGCGAGAUCGGCGCGGGCAUCGCCUUCACGGCCAACGCGAUCCGCUGCAUGCACCUCAUCGAUGGCGGCAUUCCCGUGGCCUUGAGGUCGAGCGGAUCCGUCGCCACGUCCAACGGGGGCGAGGAGGACCCCAACGACUACCUGCGCUGGAUCGACGGCUUCGACCGGAAGCGCGGCGACGAGCCUCGCGGGCAGCGGCUCCUGUACAAGCUCGACGCAGGCUACCGAGGCUUCGAGGGCUGCCGGCGCGACCAGUUCCUCGAAGCGCUGGUCAAGAUUGUGCCUCCGGACGUCGUCGAGCUCAAGAAACGACUGGAGAGCAUCACCGACGGGGGGGGUGCAGACGAGAAGCUGCGUCUCGCCUUUGCCGACGGAACGACGGCCGAAGCAGACAUUGUCAUCGGCUGCGACGGCGUCAAGUCGCGCGUGAGGCGCAUCCUCCUCGGCGAGGACCAUCCGGCGUCACGGCCCAGCUACACGCACUGCGUGGCGUACCGGACGCUGAUCCCCAUGGAGCGGGCCGUCAAGGCGCUCGGUCGGUACAAGGCGACGAACCAGCACAACCACGUCGGGCCGGGGGCCAACCUGCUGCACUACCCCGUGGCGGGCAACAGCAUGCUCAACGCCGUGGCCUUUGUCCGGGACCGUCGUCGAUGGCCCGACGAGAGGCAGACCGUGGCCGAGGGGAGCAAGGCCGACGUCGAGGCCGCCUUUGAGGGCUGGUGCCCGGCCGUGCGCGAGCUCAUCGACCUCUUCCCGGACACGCUCACCAAGUGGGGGAUAUUCGACCUCUGGGAGUAUCCGGUGCCUCGCUACCACGGCCGAAGCAUCUGCCUCGCCGGGGACGCAGCCCACGCCUCGAGCCCGCACCACGGCGCGGGCGCGUGCGUGGGCGUCGAGGAUGCCCUGUGCCUCACGACGCUCGUCGAGGCCGUCGUCGCCGACAUGCGAGGGCGACCGGAGACGAAGCGGGCGGCGCUCGACGCCGCGCUGACGACGUACGACGCCGUGAGACGCACGCGGAGCCAGUGGGUGGUGAACAGCAGCCGGCGCGUGUGCGACCUGCAUCAGCAGCGGGAGUGGGCCGACGACGACAGGCUCGUCAAGGCCGAGACCUGCUUCGAGGAGAUUCGGGAUCGGUCGCUGAAGAUUUGGCACUUUGAAUACGAGGCCAUGAUGGACGAGGCCCUCGAGGGAUACAAGAGGAGGCGAAGGUCGGUGAACAGCAACCGUGGCAAGAAGGCAGACGUAUACUAG